GAUCGGAAACAGUUUCUGAAUCAACCUGAUACAACGGAAUCGGUGUUAUAUUUGGUGUUGAAUCGAAGCGCAGCCACUUGUUCAAAAGCUCUUCACUUAACAAGUUUGAAAUCUGUCUGUGAUGGCUCUUGUGGAUAGUUUCGUGUUGACCGUGUGUGCUGCAGCACUGGCAUGCUGUAUUCUGCACCCUACGCUUGUAUUCGGAAGCAAUCACAUCCAAGCGAGGUCAUCAAGUACUGCGUCAUGUACCUGUGAAACGGCAACUACAAUGCUGACGUGCACUGCUCAACCAACAGGUUGUGAUGCGGAUGAAAUGCCAUACGGAGAUUCGUGCUACAGAUUCCUCCGCGACAAUCGCAAGAACCGCAAAGCGGCUCACAGAGAUUGCAUUGCGCGUAAUGGCCAUCUCGUCUACAUCGAAUCGGAAGACGAGCAGAAUUUCCUUGCAUUCUAUGAGAGUUUUUUCUACCAAGACGGAAGUGGAAACGACGAACGUUACUGGAUUGGACUGAUUGCUACCAGCAAUUAUAUCUGGCUGGAUGGAAGUCCGUUACAUCGCGAUCUCUCAACCUUCGUUGAUAACACUCAGUUGGGGUGUAUUUUUGUCCAAGAAGGCGAUUCACAUCAGAUAGUUUCAGAAGUUGGGAACUGUGGAACGGCGAGGCGGUUUAUUUGUGAAUUUCCACCGCUGACAGCUGAUGUUUGUCAAGAUGAAGAAAGAGCAAGCGGCGAGUCUUGCUAUAUAUUCUUUGAUUCACCGAAGACUCAAAGCGAAGCACAGGCAACUUGCCAGACUCUAGCUGGAGGGCAUCUUCUGUACAUUGAGACCGAAGAUGAAGUGACAUUCAUCGAGAGCCUUCUUGGGGACACCGGCCAGUCCGAAUACUGGAUCGGUUUGAUGACGCAGUACGUGUGGUUGGAUGGUAGUAAUGCUACUUACCAAGCUUACGACAGCGAGAGCCAUAAUAGCAGAGGUCAAUGCUUUAGGAUGUAUCCUGGUAGCGAUUUUAAGUGGAAUGACCGGUCUUGUGGAACGAAAUAUGCCUACGUAUGUGAGCGGGAGCUGACUGCUCCUGAGAUGCAAGACGUUUCGGGUAUGCACUGA